AAUGGGAGGAGCCCGGCCAAAAGGAGUUCUUUCCUUUCCCUGCUGCGGCCGCAGCCAUGAGUAUGCUCAGGCUUCAGAAGAGGCUUGCCUCCAGUGUCCUCCGCUGUGGCAAAAAGAAGGUCUGGUUGGACCCCAAUGAAACCAAUGAAAUCGCCAACGCCAACUCCCGCCAGCAGAUUCGGAAGCUGAUCAAAGAUGGGCUGAUCAUCCGGAAGCCUGUGACUGUCCAUUCCCGAGCUCGAUGCCGAAAAAACACUUUGGCCCGUAGGAAGGGCAGGCAUAUGGGCAUAGGUAAGCGAAAGGGUACUGCCAAUGCUCGAAUGCCUGAGAAGGUAACCUGGAUGAGAAGGAUGAGAAUUCUUCGCCGACUGCUCAGAAGAUACCGUGAAUCUAAGAAGAUUGACCGCCACAUGUAUCACAGCCUGUACCUGAAAGUGAAGGGUAACGUGUUCAAAAACAAGCGGAUUCUCAUGGAACACAUCCACAAGCUGAAGGCAGACAAGGCUCGCAAGAAGCUUCUUGCUGACCAGGCUGAGGCCCGUAGGUCUAAGACCAAGGAAGCACGCAAGCGCCGUGAAGAGCGACUCCAGGCCAAGAAGGAGGAAAUCAUCAAGACUCUGUCCAAGGAAGAAGAGACCAAGAAAUAAAGCGCCAUCUCUUUUACCUGUACAUAGUGGCCUGUACUUAAACUCAGCUUUUCUAACCAUUGUCCAGUAUAUGGAUCAGUCAUUCAAUAAAAUAGCUUUCAUCUGCCAACCUC